CCACUCGUUCCGGCUAAAACUGACUCCAACGACCGUGAGAAUUCCACUGUCCUUGAGAGCAUCAUGACUCAUAAAGUUUAAUUGUAACACCAUUCAUCAAAAUUUGAUUAUGAUCGACUAAAGAUUUUAUCUCGCUUGUCAACAGUGAUGGAAUUCAUGGGGCCGAAGUACAGAGUUGCUGCCGGCGCGACGAUGUCUACUUUCUACGCUACAGGACUCAUUAUGCAAGCCCUUAUGGCUUGGGCCGUUCCUUACUGGAGACACUUGACUUUAGCCUUAUUUAUACCGCAGCUGGUCACUGUUAUUUAUUUCUGGAUCAUGCCAGAAUCAGUCCGAUGGUAUCUGAGCCAAGGCCGUUAUAAAGAAGCCGAAUCACAGUUAAAGAAAGCAGCUAAAAUGAACGGUAAAUUGCUAUCAGAAGCAUCGCUAGCUAAACUAAGAAAGAGCUCAGAAGAAGAGAGAAAGAUUAAGGAAUUGAAGAAGGAACAGAAAAUUAAGGAUCCUUGGCUAGUGACGCUUGUAUUCCAACAUAAGCCGAUACUGUUGCGUUGUAUUAUAACACCAGUUUGGUGGAUCACGACCACUCUGGUAUACUACGGGUUGUCAAUGAAUGCUGUCACCAUGUCAGGGAAUAAAUACAUAAAUUAUAUAGCGGUAGGGGCAGUGGAAAUACCAGGGUAUUGGACAGCCGUGCUUCUUUUUGAUAGGAUCGGCAGGAAGCCGUUGCUCUGCUGCGCUUUCUGGAUGUGUGCAGUCUGUCAAAUUGGAUUUAUCUUUAUGACAAAAGAUUACUAUGAACUCUCCUUGGCUGUGUACCUAGUGGGCAAGUACAGCAUCUCAAUCGUCGUAACCUGCGUGUACGUCUACACGAACGAGUUGUUCCCUACGCAGUAUCGAGGCAGUCUGUUCUCCUUCGCUUCCAUGAUCGGCAGGAUUGGCGCUAUAUCAGCACCCCUCACUCCUGCUUUGGGCACAAUGGUGUGGAAACACCUACCAUUCGUGUUGUUCGGGAGUUUCGCAACCCUAUCAGGCUUGCUGGUGCUGCUGGCUCCAGAGACCAAAGGAACCACGCUACCGGACACAAUGCAGCAGGCUGCGGACCUUGAAAAUUUCACCUCACAAGAAUCAAAAACCAGUCCUAACUUUAAAAAGAAGACGCCAGACAAGCAGGACGGUAUUAAAGCAGAAGGAAUGGAGAAAGAAAAAGAAAGAGCUGCAAUGGUAUGGGAGCAUCUCCCAUUCGUCCUGUUUGGGACCCUCGCAGCAAUAUCAGGGUUGUUGGUGCUACUGGCCCCAGAGACUAAAGGCAUCACGCUACCUGACACUAUGGAGGAGGCCGCCGAGCUGGGCUCCAAACGUCCUGCCCGAAAAAACUAA